AUGAUGAUGCGUUCAGCAGUGAAAUCGGCCAAAAACUUGUGUCGACCAACCUCAUUGGACCUGCUAGCAUCUCGCAACAUCGCCGGACCAAGCAACUUGGACGAACGUCGUCGUCGGCUGGUCGAAAAGUACAGUAUCAUCGAGGAUCCAUUCCAGAAAACUUCGAAUUUCGAAGAGAAUUGGCGAUCCAUGAACUUUGCUUCAUCUUCACGCGAAUUCAGCAAAAACGUCAGAGAUAUUCGACUGGUCGAAGGGGAAAACAUGUUGGUGCGAAAUGUCAGAGUAUCAGACCGAUGGUUCUCGCUACACGAAUAUCCGACCGGUAAAUUCGUCAGGGAUCUGUUUGAUGCUGAAACGAAAGGGAAAAAGCCGAUGAACGCGGCAUUUUUGAAGGAUGGAAAGAAAUUGGCAGUGCAUUAUGAAAACGACAUGGUUGUUGUGUGGGACGUGGCUAGCGGAGAAGUGGCAAGGACUUUCAAGUUCGCCAGGAGUGGUGGGCUGAGGCAAACUCAUCGGGCGAUCUUCACUGGUGAUAAGUAAGUUUUAUUUGCCUUAAUCUACCCAACUUUGUUUUACCUUUUCUUACCGUAAUCUGCUUUGUCUUAUCGUAUCCUAUCUUAAACUACCUUGCUCUAUCGUACCGUACCUUGUCCUACUGUUCCCUGCCGUGCCCUAUUGUAUUUUAAUUUUCCCUAUUGUAGCCUAGCUUUUCCUAUCGUGUCUUACCUUGCCUUGUCGUACCCUACCUUGUCUUAUUGUACAUUAAUUUACUCUACCGUAUCCUACAUUACCCUACCGUAUCCUAUCUUGUUCUAUUGUACUUUACUUUGUCCUACUGUACCCUUGUUUACCUCAUCGUACUUUACUGCACCUUCUUGCAUCUUGCCUUGCCUUAACAUGCACUACCUUGCUCUACAGUGUCCUACAUUUGUUAACUUGUAUUCAUUGUUACCUUUAUGACCAUCACUGAUCAAAACUUUUUUUCAGAAUGCUAUGGUGCGUUGGUCGUUCCCGCCUAGAAGUCUAUGAUUUCAAUACCGGAAAACAAUGUGCCAGAUACGAAUGUCACCAACCAAUCAUUGGAGACAUUCGCUUUGACGGCGACCUUCUAGCCUUACAUCUAGAAGGUGGACCAGUUCAAAUCCUUGACAUUAGUGAUGGUACUAGACGAGAAGUGCACUUUUUGGGUGACACAACUGCACCAAUGGGAGUAACUAUUGGGCUUGUCUCGGAAUUGGACCAAAUUUUUGUUAAAACGGGUCAAAAUGUGCAUGUACAUGACGUUAUCACGGGAGAACAUUUGGGUACUUGGGACCAUCAUAGGGGACCAUUACCAGCGUGGAACUACUAUCAUGGACGCAUGUUUGGUAUCUUUGAUCUCAACCAAGUUUUUGUAAGUUUUUUUGGUACUGAAUAGUGCUAAAUAGUGCUUAAACCUAAAAAAGUUAUUGAGUUUUUGCUUUCGAUACUAAAUUAGGCCUAAAACGGGGCUUACUAGGACCGUAUCAGCAAUGGACAAGUCUUGGGUUGGGGUGGGUCAAUGCAAACAUGAAAGGGGUUCGGCUUCACAGUAAAAGUCGGCCAGGAAAAAAAAGUCGGCCAGGGCUGACACAUGAGACGUUGAGAGACGGACUUAAACCAAACCUCUAGGGGCUUUACCUAGGUCUCGCAACGAAAACUUUUACUUAAUAGACCGAACCCGGCCGAAGCAAAUUCAAAAGAGGCUGAGUUUGUAUAUGGUUAGCCUAAGCCUUUACAUAGCAUACUAAAUAGUUUUUUUAUUUUAAAAUUACCUUGCCUUACCUUAUUGUAACCAUUUAACUUUUACAGAUUCACCGCUUUAACGGCCAUGCUUGGUCCAACUCUCUGCAAACAUACGACUUCCCAAUCAAUCCGGUCGGCUUCAUCAACGAACACCUCUUCUUAACCACCACAGCUGAACACAACAACCCAUCGAACAAGUCCGUCUUCCAGCUAUGGGACAUGGACUCGGGUACAGUAAUUCGACACAUCGAUCGGGAUUGGAACCGUACUAUUGCUUGUACUGUCUCUCCAACUGCGUUGGACUUUGUUACUGCUGAUGGUAACGCCGAGAACACGACGUACCAUCAUUGGGACUUUGAUUGUUAA